CUAUUUCUGAUCAGAUGAAAUCAGAUGGGUGCUCCGUUGCCCAAAACCCAAUUCAUUGCCGGAUUGCCCCUGUUGUGCAACUUUACGGUUUACUCAGUUUACAGUGCAAAUUAAAAGUUUCAAAGCACACACGUUCCAAGUCAAACUCUACAGUGUCCAAUUCGUAGAUCGCGAUAGGCAUGAAUUCGUAUCAUAAUUUGUUUCGUAAUAAUUAUCAGUCUCGAGUCUUAUUUAUGGUAUAAAAUAAUAUACAAGUUUACAUUUUUAUUGGACGCACUUGCUCGGACUACAAUAUUUAAUAGCGAUUGGUAUCAGCCAAUUACAAGAGCACUUCACAGAAAGCGAACACUCUGAUACAUUCAAUUUGCUAUGGCUAACAGUGAUCAGAUGCCCAAAGUUGAUUUCAUGAAAGACGGUGAAAUUGAUAAAAGAUUACUGCAACAGAUAAAAUUUGUUGAACGCCAAAAUCUAGUUCGCGCCACUAGAUUGAACCGCAUGCGUAGAAACGCUCGUUACACAGGCUUAUUACUUGGUGGUAUUACAUUGAGUAUCUACGGGUAUUCUAUUUAUUCAAUAAAACAGGAAACAUUCUUGGAUGAUUUUGAAGAACCUGCAGUAACUGUUAAACAAUAAUAAAUUAUACAUACUCAUUAUGUCUGUAAGUCGGAUUAUCCGGCUGCCGCCCCUGCCUAGCAUCAGGGAUUUAAUUAAACUAUAUAAACUACGUGCUAUGAAAGAACUUUCUCAAAAUUUUUUAAUGGAACCAAGAUUAAUUAGCCGCAUUGUCAGAUCUGCAGGAUCCUUUAAGGACUGUGA